AUGGCCCCCGUGGACACAGCAGACGUCGACCGGCCCGCCGUUGCCGCCCUGGUCCCCGUCCUCCAGAUAUUCGACGGCUUCAACCACCGCAACAAGAAUCAGCACCGCGUCGCCCGCUGGUGGGCCCGCUUCGACCUCCUUCGCCGUUCCGUCCGGCGACUCCACGACGCCCUCGAGGCCCGCGUGCGUCAUCGGCACGCCCAGAGCUUCAAGGCACCCUCCAAGAAGUCGGCCAGCAAGGCCAACGCCGGCGUCGUCAUCGGCAAUGGGAACCGCCGGGGAAAUGCAUUGGAUGAGCAUGUCACUGCGAGGGCGCGGCUGCUGCUCGACUCAAUCAUCCCCUCGUCAUUUCUAGCUUUCAGUCAGUUGGCGGCAGAUAACCAACAUGCUGCCCUUGGCCUGGUCUUGCUGGGCGUCUUGGCCCGUAUAAACUCGACCGUCGCUCCCUUGGUCCCCCAACAAUCCGAGAGAGGUGGUGAUAUGCCCAUGACCAAUACAUCAGCCAGCCACGAUGCCGUCACAGUUAAGGACCAGACACCGUCAGAGCUGAUGGACCUCGGCGUGGCCAUCUCUCGAGACCAGUUGAAGCUGGCCGCUAAACCCGCAGCUCGCCGCCCAAGAAAAGACGACUGGGAGGCUGUCACAUCAACUGCGACUAAAAAGAAGCGCAACAUGCUUGAUGUGUCCGAUAGCGAAUCUGAGCCCAGCAGUAAGCUGGCCAAGUUGAAAAAGCCUGAGAAGAAACCCGGCAAGAAAAAGUCGAAAAGGGGUGACGAGUUUUCCGAUCUGUUCAGCUCGCUGAUAUAG